AUGAGCCUGGCAACUUUCUUCAACAGCGGCAGUGGCGGCGGUGGUGGUGGUGGCGGCGGCGGUGAUAGCGGCAGCAGUGGCGCGGCGGUGGCGGCCCACCAGCUGAAUACGAUUGGUGCCUACCGCAUAUCCCAGGGUGGACCUGCAGCGGUGGCGGCUGUGGCGGCGGCGGCGGCGGCCGACCCCAACAUGUCGGUGUCGACAGCCGCCUACGCAGCCGCUGCAGCUGCUACUGCCGUACACUUCAGCGGUAGUGGUGCAUUCGGCCUCGACAACAGUACGGACUACGACUACGGUCUGAACGACACUUUGAACGACAGCCAAAGCAUGUCAGACGCUCCGUUUGAGUCGCCUCUCCCGCUGUGGUCGACCAUAAUUCUUGGGGCGAUGGCUGGCAUAUGCAGCCUCGUCACGGUACUAGGCAACGCCAUGGUACUCUUCUCGUUUGCUAUCGAACGGACGAUUCGUCAACCCACAAACUAUUUUAUCGCAUCUUUAGCUGUGUCAGAUCUCCUAAUCGGCGCAUUUUCGAUGCCGUUUUUCACCUCAUAUAUUUUGCUGGGUCAGUGGCCGAUGGGACCCUGGCUGUGCGACCUCUGGCUCUCUCUUGAUUGGACUGUAUGCCUUGCAUCGCAAUAUACUGUAUUUUUAAUUACAAUGGAUCGUUUUUUCUCUGUCAAACUGCCAGCGAAGUAUAGAAACUGGCGUACUGAACGUAAAGUGAUCGUAAUGAUUGCAACUACCUGGGUUGUACCUAUCUCUGUGUUUUUCACUUGUAUUAUUGGUUGGCAGUUCUUUGUUGGCGAACGCACGGUAACGGAGACAGAAUGCGAGGUUCAAUUUAUGAGUGACCCGAUUUUUUUGCUUUUGCUCACAAUUGGCUACUACUGGACGACACUGAUCGUCAUGUGCGGACUCUAUACGGGCAUCUAUCGGGUUGCAUUGACGCUGCAGCGAAAAUCGGAAGCGAAGCAUAAAAAGAUUCACGCGGCGAUGGAAAUGGCGACCGACCAUCGUCGCAAUGCCAACUCGGUUGGCGCGGCGCAUAACGACGAGAUCGGCGGAGGCGGCGACGCGGUUGCCAACAAAGACGGGAAGAAAGGAGCAGGAAUGACCACGACCAGCUUCAGUUCGAAGAGAAGCAGCGAAAAGGAAGAAGAGCGUUCAAGCAGUCCAGCAUUUGCUUCCGACGACGAGAACAGUAGUCAGUCGCCGAAACCUAGUAAGAAACCUUCACCUAAAGACCUACCCCAAUUGCUGUGCGAGAUUGGAAAAGUCCCGGCUGGCCUUAUUGAGGAGCCGCCGGCGUCCGCACUUAAACCCAAAGCCAAAACCAAUGACCAGCACCAUCACGGCAAGAAGAGCAAGCUGACGUUGAGAAACUCGUCUAAGUCGAGUCAGAAGAAAAGCAACAGGGUGGAGAAUCUCAAACACAAAUCUUCCCCAGCUACGUCGAUGAUCGUUGUCCCAAUGGCGCAGAAAAUGUCAACGAACACUGUCGUUACAGUGUACGAGCCGACUGAAAUGACCACCGGUCAGUCAGCAUCCUCAUCUUUACCGUUAGUCGAAAACAGACGUACUACAGUUCCUCUGAUGCCGAACGAGUGCAGUAACUUUGUCGAAGAUGACGUCUGUUGCGAUCAACCCCUCGGAAUGUCGGCUGCUGAGAAUAUGAGAUUGUUGUCCAGUCCUCCGCUGGUACCUUUACCGCUACCUGCGCCAAUACCUGCACCACCGUUAGUAGUUCCUGCUACACCGGCUGAAGAUGUGGAGGUGUCAAAAGAAAAUGAAUUGAAGUGUAAAAUAGUUGAUGAGGAAAUCGAAAUAAGCAGAGGAGGAGGAGAAGUGGCAGGGGGAAAUAAAGUAGAUGUCGAGGUGGAAGAACAAGCAAAAGAAGAGGAAGAAGAAGAAGACGCAAGGUCGGAUAGAAAAAGUGACAUAGUAGAGCAGUUGGGGGAAAAUGGUGAGGUGGUAACGACGACUGAUCGCCAACUCUCGGCGUCCAUAGCAAAUGAUAUCGGAUCCAGCGAAAGUCUGUCUCCAGUGUGGAAACGCCGAUCCUUAGCUAAAAGUUCAGAGCCUUCCUCGCCGUCUUCUAUACAUGGGUCGCGUAUCACUAUCACCGAGCAGGAGAUCCAGUUCGACGGUGAGGCGAUAACGCCGGAAGAACGAGAACACGAAGAAGAAGAAGAAAAAGAAGAGGAGGAAGAGGAACAGGGGGAAGAGGAAGAACAAGAAGAAAAAGUAGAUCAGCAGCCACGAGAAGAGGAGGAGGAGGAGGACGAGGACGAAGCAGAUGCCGGUGAUGUUGACGGAGCAACAGCUAGCUUAUUGCAACCAUGUGCGUCCGAGCCGACUCUGACCGGAAGUGACGACGCACCCAUGAAGAUCAACGCGACCAGGUCAUUAUCAGGUACCGGUACUGGAUCCGGGCCAGUUUCAGCCUUGGACUCGGCUAAUAAGCGAUUACUUGGUGACCAGAUCAGGCCGUUUGGAAACAGUACAAAACUUGACAUGGCGGCUGUGGCAGCUGCGGCGGUGGCAGCUGCAUCAGGUAAGGCGUUUCCACCAAAGAUUGCAAACGAAAACCGGGCCCGACGAGAGCAGCAACUUGCUAACAGCAAAAAUAACGAUGACUUCUCCAGCAUAACGUCCAAGCGCAAUCUGAAACAUAAUAGUCCGUUCCAGACCAUCAUGAGGUCAUUAAACAAACCAAAAGUUCGGCGACGAUCUAGAAAAGAGAAAACAAAAUCGAAAUCGGAGAACAGAGCCAGGAAAGCACUGAGAACAAUUACAUUCAUUUUGGGGGCCUUCGUCCUUUGCUGGACGCCAUACCAUCUGAUGGUAGCCAUUAUUGGUUUGUGUGGCAGCUACAAAUGCAUCAAUAUUCCUCUCUAUCAAAUAACGUAUUGGCUCUGUUAUUUAAAUAGUCCGAUAAACCCUUUCUGUUAUGCAUUUGCGAACGUUCAAUUUAAACGAACUUUUUUGAGAAUUCUUCGCUUGGACUGGCAUCGGACAUAA